AUGGGGCCACCUUUCCCUAAGGAGUUUGGUGCUGUCUGGAUUGCACUUUCUUGCCAGCGAAGUGCACGGGCUGAGCAACCUUACAAAAAGAUUCAGGGACGGAAGCUCUGUUUUUCACACCUGGGAGAGUCCACGGUGGACGAUUACACGUUUCUUGGAUCUGUGCUGUCAGGGGUAGGGGUGGACCUGCAGGUUUACCUUAGAGUCGCGCUAGGGUGUAUAGUGCAUUGGCCCGCUAGGACACUCAUGACAACCGGCCGGUGUUUUCUUCCCUGCCUACUCACUCCUAUCCGGCCCGGCGCGUCCGCAGAGCAGACGUACGGCGAAGUGAACCAGCUCGGUGGUGUGUUCGUCAACGGCCGUCCCCUGCCCAAUGCCAUCCGCCUGCGGAUCGUGGAGCUAGCACAGCUGGGUAUCCGACCCUGUGACAUCAGUAGGCAACUGCGGGUCUCGCAUGGCUGCGUGAGCAAGAUCCUGGCGCGCUACAACGAGACAGGCUCCAUCCUGCCCGGGGCCAUUGGGGGCAGCAAACCCCGAGUCACCACCCCCAACGUGGUGAAGCACAUCCGGGACUACAAACAGGGAGACCCUGGCAUCUUUGCCUGGGAGAUUCGUGACCGGCUCCUGGCUGAUGGUGUCUGUGACAAGUACAACGUGCCCUCUGUGAGUUCCAUUAGUCGCAUCCUGCGAAACAAGAUUGGCAGCCUGGCGCAGCCAGGGCCCUACGAAGCAAGUAAGCAGACACCACCGCAGCCUGCCCUGCCCUACAAUCAUAUCUACCAGUACCCCUAUCCUAGCCCAGUGUCGCCCACGGGCACCAAGAUGGGCAGCCAUCCUGGGGUCCCCGGCUCCGCGGGCCACGUCAGCAUCCCGCGUUCAUGGCCCUCGGCGCAUUCAGUCAGCAACAUCCUGGGCAUCCGGACGUUUAUGGAGCAAACAGGGGCCCUGUCUGCGGGCGAAGGCGCUGCCUAUUCCCCCACGGGUGGGGGCGGAGCCGCCUCCCCCGCCUCACCAGCAGUGAAUGGGCUCGAGAAACCUGCUUUGGAGGCAGACAUUAAAUAUACUCAGACUGCAUCCAGCCUUUCCGCAGUGGGUGGCUUUCUUCCUGCCUGCGCCUACCCGGCUUCCAACCAGCACAGUGUGUACAGCGCUCCGGCAGCCGGCUACCUUUCCCCGGGACCUCCCUGGCCACCGGCCCAGGGACCCCCGCUGGCGCCCCACGGAGCUGGUGUGGCGGUUCACGGCGGGGAGCUUGCAGCAGCCAUGACCUUCAAACACCCCAGCAGAGAAGGCGCCGACAGGAAGCCCCCUAGCCCGGGCAGCAAGGCCACGGACGCGCUUGGUAGCUUACACGGACUGCCCAUCCCGGCCUCGACCUCCUAG